AGAUUCCGACACCGGAAAAGUGUAGUUAUAAUUCAAGGUGAAUGACCGACUAGAAUCUCAGCUUUCUUGUCACGGUACAAACACGAAGUACAGUUUUAGAUGCAAAUGGCAAACCAUAUUUCCUACAAUUGAAUGCAGUAAUGUAAUAUACAACAAUUUGUUAGUUUCUAAAACAAGAUGGUAGCUAUCCAUAGAAUUUUGAAGGGGGGUGGUAGCUUGUACAGGGAUAAUUUUAGAAAAAAAAUAGGUGAGGCUGGAAGUACCAGGUUUGAUUUUUUGUGCGGUAAAGUAUCGUGUACAGCGUAUGGAUUGCAUGAUUUUUUAAUAAGGCAUUGGAAGGGAGGUUCUGAAUAAAGUGUGUUGAACAAUUUCAAAAUUUAAAUAAAAAUAUAGCUCAAAAAAAGUUAAAAGCGCAAACUCCCUCCAACAUUAAUUAACAAACAUGGCGAGACGCGAGAGACGGCGUCUGUGCAAAUUUAUUUCGGGUUGGACGACGGCUGAUCAAUUUUCUUCGUGGCUGACUCCUGUGAAAGGUGAAAAGCACAAAGCGUAUUGCUUGCUAUGCAAAAAAGUAUUUGCUGUGAGUCACGGAGGAUUGAACGAUGUAAAGGCCCAUUACAAAGGAAAAAGACAUAUUUGGCUACAACGUCAACAUCAGGAAAGUGUUGCAGGCCAGUCAAAGGAGGGUCACGUACUAUUACAGACCAAAAAGAUAGUAUUCAAUGAAGAGGCAGAUGUUUUGGAAGAAGCUCUUCUCAAUCCAAAUACUUUGUUGAGUAUUGAAGACGACGAGACAGCGGGUUACGAUUCUUCACAUCAGGGUGAGACAGAUUAUUGGCCCCUGUGUGGUACAGAAGUCAACACAGGAGCAUCAGGUAGAAAUAAUACAGUUUCAGGCAAGAUGAAUUCUCAACAAAAGAUGUUACCCCAGCAAUAUUGUCUUCGAUGGAAAUACCACCAUAAUAACCUGCAAGUGAUGUUUAGUCAGCUGUUGGAGAGGGAGAGUUUCUGUGAUGUAACACUCGCUUGUGAAGGAAAAACUCUUAGAGCACAUAAGGUGGUGUUAUCAGCGUGCAGUACUUACUUUGAUGCAAUUUUCUCGCAGUAUGAAGAGAAUAAUCCAAUUGUAAUCCUGAAAGAUGUCAAGUUUACUGACAUCAAAGCACUUGUUCAGUUCAUGUACAAAGGAGAAAUUAAUAUUGAUCAUUCACAUCUGGCAUCCUUGCUAAAGACUGCAGAGGAUCUCCGUAUUAAAGGACUAGCUGAAGUAUCGUGGCGACAGGAAGGACAACCAACUGCACCUCCCAAAGAGGAUGGAAUGAAUUGUGUAGAUCCCCAAGUUUCCCAUGUGGAAUCUUUAGGAAAUGGUUCAGAUUUGGAGCCCCCAGUCAAACGGAGAAGGGGACGUCCACCAAUGGAAUCUGAUGUAUCCAGUUUCAGUCCUAAGGUGGCAAGUGUAACAGGUGCAGGAGGAACUGAAGAAGUCUUCAUAGAAGGUGGUAGUACAUCGGAUGCGGAGAAUGAGUUGUCAGGAUGGUAUGAAUCUGAACCAGAAGUAAUUGCCUGUGACAGUGCUGAAGCUACCUCACAUCAGCCUCCUGCUAACCCGCUACCUACAGAAGCUAACUAUAAUGAGAUGACAGAAGGGGAUAAUCUCCCUGGGACACCAGUCUUUGAAGGUUCAGCAUCAGUGAUGAGUCAGCUUGUAGCAGAUAAAUACAGAGAUGUAGUUAAACUGAAUGAUUAUUUAACCACUGGACGAAGACAGCAGUUUUGGGAGGAGCCUUUUACACGGCGUAUUAUGGAAGCUAUAAAGAGCAAGGAGUUGGAAAUGAAAGCAGGUGCAGAACUGUUGGGUGUUUCAUAUGGUACACUCUAUGGCAGGUACCGGGAUGCAUAUGGCUGCCUCAAACAUCCUUAUAGAGUACGUGACUUCUGGUCUGAAUCAGGCCCAGCAGAUGUUUUAGCCAAGGUUCAGCGAAAGGAGAUUACAUUAUUCCGGGCAGCUGAAAUGCUGAAUGUAACUGUUACAACAUUGGCCAACUAUUUAUCAACAUUACGUCGUGGAGGUUCUUCUUCAGGAGAUGAAGGUGUUGAUGAAUCUAGGGAUGCUGACGAUUCUUUCGAGGAAAUGUCUUUGUCCAUGUCCAUGCCAGUGGCUUCGACUCCAAAGAUAUUGGCAACGUCUACUCUGGAAAAUAAUCCUGAUAUCACAAUAGUGAAGCAAGAGAAUACAAUUUCAGUAUCAAACCAUGAGCAAGACAAUGAUGAUGAUGAUGAUGAUGAUGAUGGUGAUGAUGUUGAAGAUGAUGAUUCAGCUCCUUCCUCAGUUGCUACCAAUAAUAAUGCAGAUAAUUUAGACAGUGAAGUACUAGAUGGACAAGAGCCAAAUGAAACACAUCAUGAUGACAGAAUAUAAUCAUUACAUGGAAGAUGCGUAAACCUCCAUACGGCAGUCUUCAUCAUGGCGUAUGCUGAUGUUUAAUGUCUGAAAGAAACUGUUGUAUAAAGAAAAUCUUACAGAUUCCAGAGAAAGUGGAGGCAUGCAUUGUGCUUUAUUUCCUUACCAAAUAAUAUCCCAUCCAAUGUUGUGAGUGAGUACGAGGAAGGGAGAUUUUUGUGAUGUAAGCAUGUACAGAUUAAUAGAGUGUUGUGUCAGUUACAGAAAUUAUGCCUUCAAUUACAUCCUACUUACACUGAUGCCAUCAGACACCUCGCAUAUUGAAGCUCGCUGUUUUCAGUCACUUAAUGGAGUGGAGGUCAGAUUUGGUGUAGCAUUGCUUGAAGAUGUUCAGUAAUGCAGUCUUAACGACUAAAAAAGUAUUCUUGAUUUUUGGUGCUACACAACAAGAUGUAAGACAAAGACUUAUUUGUAUGUGUAAUUACGGCUAAAACUAUUACAUUUACGGUUUUACUUGAUGAAAUGCUUGGUACUGGAGGUGUGCUGUUAUAGUUUGUUGCAUCAUUUUAUGUCACUGAACAUAAAAUAGCUGUGCUCUCUUAAGUAGAAACAUUAGCAAUAAUUUUACAAGAAAAAACUGAACCUUUUCAUGGCAGAAAAGUUAUGAGGCCACGUAUCACAUGCCCAGUUAGGUUGUAAAAAUGAAUUACGUAUAUGUAUUGUAAUAUUUAUACCAUAUUCUGUUAUUUAUGACCAUUUCUUUUAACAAAAUGAAUGAUGAUAUAAUACUUGCUGGAUUAGAAAUCUAAAAUCGUAAUUAGUUUGUCUAGAUAUGAAUCUUUUCCAUCACACAAGUAUAGGCAAAUCAUUAACACUAUUUGUUUUACACUUCAUGUCAGCAGUAUAGCAACAUGUUUCAGCUGACAUCAAAAUUUAAUAAUAAACUGUAGGAUUUGAGGUUUUCAUGGCAGUGAGUCUGAAAAUGGCUGUCUUCUGGGUUGUACUGUGCAGUCUGGUAGAAGUUUACAAACAUUUCAGAGGUCCUUGCUGCCUCCAUCAUCAGGACAGUGAGCAAUGGUGGAAGUGUGUGGUCCUUCACCAAGAUUACAGUAUGGAUGCAGUAUAUGUCUAUUAUUUACUUCUGUUUCUUAAAAGUAUAUUAGAAAGUAUUACCAGUUUGUGUUUUCCUAUUUCAUUCAUAAUCAUUUCCACAAAUAGCAUGAGCCUGAUGCGUUGAGUCAUCAGCAUGAAAUGAUAAUGAAUUACCUGGGCAGUCUUUCUCCCAAUGUAAGGUUUCAAAAUUACCUUCUUAAAUACAUCAAGGAAGAAAUGUGAUGUGAUAUUUGCAGCACAUAAACUAUUGAAAAUGUAAUAUUGCUGUACGUUUUGGCGUCAGCCUGAAGAUGACCAUAUAUGGCUAAAACAUGUUGCCAUAAUAUGUACAAAAAUAAAUACAUUGUUAAUAAUUUGCAUAAAGUAGUUGUAUGUGACAGGAAAGAUUCUUACCUAGUUAAAGAUCAUAAUGUUUACUGGACUAUUUUGUAAGUUACAUGUUUUUCUGACAUUUUACCUUGUAAAUCAUUUUUAAGCGGUGGUCAUGAAAUGGUAUAACAGCUGCUAUUUAAAUAUUUUUUGGUCUCAGUCAACCUUCAUCACACAGAAAAAGGUAAUUUAAACCCCCCAUACUAUAGGGUUGCCAGCUGGGUUUUUGGUAUACGGUUAAUGGUUUAGCAUUUUGUUAGUGUGACACACAUGAAGCUGGACUGCAUUUAAGACAUGACACAAAGAUGGUAAAGGUUAAGAUGUAUGGGGUGGGAAAUUACAUUUUGUUACUGUCAUCUUUGGUUUUCUGUCUUGUGUGAUUCCAUAUUAAUUCUGUGGGUAAUUUCACACUGAUCUGGUAUUAGCUGGAGAUAUGUAUGAACAUCCUAACUGUAAAGGUCUGUUUAUAUUCUGAGAGCAAGGCUGUAAUACAUGCAUUAUUCUCUAAAUAGGAUUUGAACCUGAAUUCAAAUGAUAUCAAAACACCACACACCUAUGGCUAUGACCAGCCUUGUCAUCACUGAAAUUCAGGAAAAUUAAAAUCUUUUUCGCAAUAUCGUAAGUUUGUAGUGAAAUUACACAGAAAAUAUGGUAUUUAAUUUCAGCGGUUCUUUGUGGGGAUGGUGCAGUCAGUUCCUGUGGCUUUUUGUUCUACAAUAGUGUCAUGACCAAAAGAAAAUACUGUUUUGACAUUUUAUAACACCACCAGUUAAGGUUUUUUGAAAAUCGAGUACGUUGGAUUUGAUAGAGUGAUGUAACAAACUUCUAAGCGUGUGUGCCUGCUAAGUACUUGUAUCUGAAGUGGACAUAUUUCUUUAAGCCAAAUACACAACCAUAUAAGGAACUGAAGGGGGUGACUGGAUUUCCUACAGCUUUCGAUUUGACAUUCAGUUGCAGUGAUAUGAUUGUGUAAUUUUAUAGUAUUUAUUUUUAAAAUUACAUACUGUUUUCACUAAUUGUUAUAACAGAGACUGUGAAUAUGAAUUUCCCUUUAAGUCAGAGUGUAAAUUCUAAUUGAGGUUCACUCUGAAAUUCCUGGUGUGUACCAAAACAGACUUGUAGUUUAUGAACAAUAAUGUGUAUAAGAUGUAUAAUUUAUUCUGGGGAAUCGUGCAGUUUUCCUUUGCGCAAGUGACUACCAAAUUGGAAUAUAUACAUAGACUUCAGCACACUCCACGUUAAAAUUUUUCUAAUUUGUUUCUCCUUUCUCAUCUGAUAUCUGCGGAUGCUCGCGUGCAGUAGUUAUACAUUUUGCCAUUAAACUGUAGGAGAUGUGUAAGUAUGAGACUAAAAUUCCUGUUACUCAUGCAAUAUAAUUUAAUUGGUUCAGGUUUUCUUUACAAUUUGUAGUUGAGAAUAUAAAUAAAAAUAUACACAAGUAAGACAUUAUUGUCGUUUAUUUGACUGUUUAACGAGGAAUGCAAAAUUUUUGCUGUUGGGUUUCAAAGCAGAUGUUGGGCUAUACAGAUUUCAAGUAAUAAAGGACUAAUUUAGUCCAUAUUUAUGUGUAGAUAAAAUUAAUAGGUAUAUUCAGGCAUGGUCAUGGUGAUAUUUGAUUUUCUUUUACUUGUACAUUAGACAAGCCAAACGUGGAAUACAUUGUGAAUUUUCUCUGGCUAAUGAAGGAAAGUCUGUGUUAAAAACUUGUACUUUUACAAACACCUCAAAAUGCCCCAUGGGUCUGUCAUUUCUGCUUGGUUAGUUUCUUUAAUUCCUUAAUGGCCUGGUUAUGCUCUUAUAGAAGGGACUAAUGUUUCCAUUAUAAUUAAAAAUCCUUUUUAUAACCACAGUAUGAUUUAAAGUUGAUUACCAAAACACACCAGCUUAAAAUAUCUUAGAUGGUACAGGCAGUUUUGUAAUAUUGGGCAAUGGGAAUUUUGUGUGAUAUAUAUAUAUGAUGAACUAUUUAUACUGCGUUGAAGAAGGGGGCAAAUUUCGUACUGCUGCUUUAGGGAUUACUAUACAGUAUUUAUAUAUGAACACUUGUAAAUUCUAGAGUUUUUUAGUUAUAUUAAGCUGUAACAUUUCUGCUUUUGGAACAUAUUGUUUAACUCGCUCUGUUUUGUAAUUUAAACAAUUUGUUGUAGUUUAUAUAUGACUACAGAUAUUUUUAAAGUAUGCAGUAUUUUGUAUGUUGACCCAUGGAACAUGUUGCUUUUCCAUAAGUAGUUACAAAUACAGGGUCCAGCAGAGAAAACUGGCUUUUUUGUGUUGAAUAGUAUUCAACAAUGUGAGGAAUGAAGUUGUUUUCAAGGCCAUAGGUAUGUAGAUAUGUACAGGAAUUUGGUUCAGAACACAUAUAACAGUGGUUACAGCAAGAUGGCUCCAUAUCACUUAAUGAGUAUGGAGAGGUUGCAUGAAAUGUUUCUGCAUCAUCUGAUCUCAUGGUUUUGGGAUUUGAACCGGCUGCCAAGAUCUGAUUUUUCAGUCCUCAACAAUUUUUUCUGUUAAUUAUUGUCAGUUUAUGUUAUUUACUCCAUGAAACAUUAGUCAGUCUUUUCUGCCAGAUUCUGUAUUUGAGUGAAGUGCUUGAUUUGAAUUGAGUUUUUACUAUAAAUUCAUUAAUAGUAAGAAAUUGGUUUUGUAAUCACAGACAACCCAACGUAAAUAAGUGUUAUGACUUCAAAAUAUUUCUGGUAAACAAUUAAAAUUAAAAUUUCAGUAUGUCUUGAUACUAAGAUUCCUAUUAUUGUCUUACUACAUUCUGUCUUUGAUUGGAAAUUGUAAAUAGAUUCAGAUUUUGGUUUUCUAAGUUCACUGGUUUAUUUCAGUAAAAUGUAUGCAAAAUAUUGUAAGGGAGAAGUCUGAAAAGGCAAAUACAUGCCCCAAAUAGGUGUAUGAUGGAACAAAAUUUAUCAAGAACAUACAGCAAUUAAAUAGAGGAGGAAUACUGGUUCUUUGUUCAUGCAGAAAUUUUCAAGGAGUUUGAAAAGAAUAUUCAUGAUUUAUUUCCCUGUUCUGAAAGGUUUCUGUAGGUGAAGGAUUGUAAUUGUUCUUUCUGCAUAGCUUUAGGUCAUUGCUUUAAGUACUUAAUUUCAGUAUAUAUUUAAAAGUUGUGUGCAUGUGAUUCAAAGUUUUCCUUGAAAUGGUUACUUGGUCAAGAAAUUCCAUAUUUUUAUUAAUCUUGAAGGUUCAUUAGCAUGUUUGAAAAGGCCCAUUGUGUCCUGAGCCAUUUGAAUCCAGUCCAUACAGUCAAACUAUUUAUCUAAGACAUUCUAAUUUUUUUCCUUCUAUUUAUAAUAAUUACUCUGAAGUUAUGUAUUCCAUUGUGUUUUCUGACUAUAAUGUUUGAAUUUGUCAUCUUCCCCAUUCAUGCUGCAUGUUUCACCCAUCUCAUCUUGAUUUGAUUACUGUAACAGUGUUAUGUGAGGAGUACAAAGUCUAAGGUUCCACAUCGUCUAAUUUUAUCCACUGACACUUUCUUAUAUUAAUAUAUUCUAAGUACUUUUUUGUUUUUAAUAUAUGUUUUUCUUAUGCUCUAAGAAGCCAUUUUUGUUGAUAGAACAGCUUUUGUAUGAGUCAGGCCAAGACUUUAAGAUUGGUAGUCAUAUUAGGACAAAGAAAAAGAAAAACUGGCAUGUACACUAGGAGUGUCCAGGUAUGUCUACAAAUUAUUGUUGUUACAGAUAGUAUAAUUUCUUUAAAGAUGACAAAAUUAUCUCCUAAAGUGAUGUAAUCAGCAGAAAAAUUACUUGAAUAGAAUUGCCACAGAACAAAAUCUCAUAUUUUGAAAAUAAUUUAACAUUUCAUGUAUCUUUUUAUUUCAACAUCUUCCAGUUGUGCAGGUGUCCCAAAAAGAUGUGUACACACUGUAGUAUGGAAUAUUUGUGUCUAGCAUAAUGACUCUUAAGUUCAUUAGUCAUGUAGUACAUAUGGAAGGAUAAAUAUUAAUGCUCUGAGUAAAUGACAGAAAUUAAUGAUUAACUGUUUUGAUAAAUAUGUUUAGGACUAAUUAAUAGAUUGACACCUAUAGAAUGAGUAAAAAUAUUUGUGCUUUGAAGCUGCAUAUCACAUCAGUGCAUCAGUGAAGUUGACACACGUUUAGAACUUUGUUUCUUAAAUGAGUUGCAUUCCAGUAAUUGCAGGUGGAGGGAGACUACAAAACAAUUACAAACCAAGCACUUGCAUAAGACUACAAUUCAGGAAAUACAUUUAAUUUAUAAUUAUCCAUGGGUAUACAUUUUCUGACCAGUAGAACUUAAUUCAUAUGUAUAGAUCUGAAUGAAUGGGUUUUCAGGUUUGAUUUACUGAUGAUGCCAGUAAUAAGAAUUAUUUUGUUUAGAGUAUAAUGCUCAGAACAUGAAAGUUACACAUAUUUAUAUUCUUUUUACAUCAACCAAGUAUAAUAUAUGAAUAAAGACGCAUGUAGAUUCUUGAUGUAAUAUCCUUGAUUGCAAUAUAAAGUUAUAUAUGAUCUUUUAAGAUAUAAAUACUGAACACAGCUUUGCUCUUACAUUAUUAAAAAGGUGUAACCUUUCCUGACGGACAUCUGUUUAAAAGCUGCCAGAAGAUUUAAAGAAAACACUAUUAAGAAAUCUGUCAGCGUGUAAGUUUGCAUUAUGUCUAAGGUUUAAUAUUAAUUUAUCAUUUGGGAUAAGUAUGUGAAAGAACAGCAUUAUUACUUGCUGUAUCUUAAUAAUGUUCUGUUGCAUUCAGUUGUAAGUAGAUCAAGAAAAUAUUCCAUUUUAAGUUAUUUUGAUAUUGUUUGUAAUUAUUUUCAAUAUUUCUCAUGCCAUAAUGUGUAUACAGUAAUUCCCCACAUAUUGGUGAGUUUUUGUGACUUUGUUAGCAAAGUGUGAAGCACCCAUAUCCUUCCACUGUUUCAUGAAGUCCCAACAUUUUGAAUUCCCUAUUUAGAUAAUUUUCAGUAGCAUAUUAUACCUUAUAGUUGGUAACUAUGAGUUUUGUUUAUACUUCUUUUUGUUUCUGAUAGCGAACAUGUUGAAAUAUGCUUUGUUUUUAAAAAUGUAUUUCUCAAUUGGUAAUUUGUUAAGGGACCUAGAACAAUGAAACAAUGAUUCUAGACUUGUAGCAGUUUUAGAAUGUUUGAUAAUUUGUGUUCAUUGUUUGUAAGUUUUGGUACUGGCCAGAAGUUUCUUUUCAAAAUUUACUGUUAUGACUUUAUGGAAAGAGAGUAUAAUUCUACAACUUUACAUUAAGAAGCACUUCAGAAAUUAAGUAUUUCUGUAAUUUAGAUUUGGACUAUGAAACUAAUUGAAUGUACCCCAAACUUACAUACUAUAUCAACAGUAUUAUAUACUACUUCAGAAGUACUUUGUGGUGAUACAGAUCAUUUGUGUAUUUACAUUGAUGACAGUGGUUCCUCAGUCCGUAGUUGCACGUUUUAAACAGUAGUUUAAAUGAAAAUAAUUUGAAUUGAACCUCCCUACAGCAACUUUAUUUGUGCUGGACAUAGUUUGUUCAUUGCUGGAAGUCUUGAAUAACUUACUGUUUCAAAGUACUGAAAAUUUUGAAGGAGUAAUAUGCUGCACAGGUAUUUUGGUUUUUGUCAUACCUAAAAUGUAAAUAUAUAUAAAUGGGUGUAUGAUGUACAAUAUGGCAUGAGAUAAAAUUUCAAAAUACAGGGUUAGCACAAAGAAGCUGUACAAAUUUCAAGGCAUAUAGGCAUCGAAUAUGGUGAUGAUAUGCAGCAAAUUACUGUGUUGUACUAAAUUUUAUUGGCAACAGACUUUUAAUGUGACUACCAGUUAUGACAUGACAGACAUCUGAUUGGUACAGUUUUACCACACAUUUGUGUCAGGUUGGUGUAAAUCAUCUGUCUAUGAGGAUGUUUUUUGCUGUAAUAUGUACAAAAUCUUCCCUGAACUUGCGUGGCAGAUUUUGUUUUGUAUGACUGGAGCAUUAGUGGUGAUGGAAUGUGGUAUUACAGCUGACAAAAGAUGAACUUAUAUUAUCCAUUUAAUAUGCUUUACUAAUUACAAGUGACAGAAGUUCUGUUAUAGUUAAUGAAAUUUGUAAAGCUACUUUGUGAACACCCUGCUCUGUUACAAUUGCUUUCUCUUUCCUCAGUUGGUACAUUGAUUCUAGUAGGGAAACUUGAAUGCAUCAGUAUGCUCGAGUUAUUACGUAAUCAUAGUUGUUGCUAUUACAAUUUAGCCAGCUAAUAGCCAAUAACUUUUCAUUGUACUGAUAAUUAUAUUAUUAUUUAAGAUAAGACUAUAAAAUACCAAAUAGAAUACCCAAGCAUUAAGUUAUAUUUUGUAUACUGUAGGUUUAGGGUGACAUAUCAUGUAAUGGAUGAAUAGAAUUUAGGAAUGGGAUCAAUGCUUGCUGUAAUAAUAGAUUGGGUUAAUUUCAGUGGUUGUACAGUCCCAUUAAAAGUAUAUCAUGCUUGAAUGUUGCAGGUCUGUGCAAACAUGAUGUAAUACAUGCCACUGUUAUGUAGUUAAGUUAUAUAUAUAUAUAUUACUUUUUUUGGGACUGAACUUUUUUUAAUUUGCAGUUAUGGUUUGUAGUUCUUUUUCGUAUUGAGGGAAAACAAAUUAUUUUAACAUUUGGAGGUGAUUAUUGUGAAUGUGAGCCUCAGGAGCCUUUGAUUUUAUUUAUGGGUUGCCAUUGUAUUUAAUAUAUUGUAUAUUUAAUUACUUAGUGAAUGAUGUGUGAAUGAGGCUUGGUGUUGACAUAUUUAAUAAUAAAUGCAAAACCACAUCAGCUCUUUUCAUAGGCUUGAGAUUUUGGCUCUUGCAUAAUUUUGAUAUGACUGCAGGCUCACAAAUGAGUUAAUUAGGGUAAGUAGAAUGAGAAAUUAUACAGUAUAACUAGUUAGUGUGUAUGGAAUAUUAAGAAAUCAACAUCUUUAUAACAAAAAUUUAUACAAGUGUAUGAUAUACUUCCAGCAAAGUUUAUUAAAAAGUGAAUUAAAAAUAAUAUAAAACUUGUUACAGCUGAAUUUAAACAUUUAUGUUCCAGAUAAGAGUGAUCGAAAUGUGCCAGAUUAUUCUGGAAUAUGUAAGAAAUUAUUUCUAAAUCUGGUUAAUUUAUUUCCAUAUGAUUUAUAUAUGCUUCCUGCAUAUACUGACAAAAAUUAUUUUCUUUGCCACCCUCUUUAUAAUGCUUAUGGAUUUAUAAAGAAUGUAACCAGUUUAUUAUUUAUACUGAGAGGUGCACUGAAAUCAAACUGGCUGUUAUGUCUUCAGAGAUAUAUAGAAUAUUUUAUUUUGGGAAGUCUUCAUUUGAUAUCCACAAACCUUGCAUCUAUUGAGUUGCUCUUACAAAAGUAAGAUAAUGAACAUACGUGUGAUUUUGGAGUGUUUAUCUGUAAUAGUGAUUUUGCAAACUGGGACAAUCUGAACGUAUUUUAUUACCACUCAAUUUGUGAACUUUAUUCUCUGUUACAGUUUUGUUUCAGUUGAAGCAAUGGAAAGAAAAGUGUUAUAUGUUGAUUUGCCAUUAUAAGACAAUGUCAUUGUUGAUCUUCUUUCUGCAUACCAGCAAACGUACCAAAUGUCAUGCAGUAUGCAUAUUUUGUUUAAAAUUUAGCAUUUAAUAGAAAAUAUCAGUGUAUUGCUUGCAGAUGCGGUUAUCAAAAUGCAAGUGGUUAAAGCAGUUUUGAACUAACUAUGGAAUCUAACACAGUUGAUUAAAAUAUCAGUCUCAUGAUUUUCUAAAGUUGCUUUAAGUAAAAUAGGUUAAAAGGAAUAUUAGAAUGUUUGACAUGUAAAAAGAGAAUUUCACAGGAAGCCUGAUCAUUUUGGAUCAACUGUUCCAGUUAUUUAUUGAUUAAAUGCUUUAUGGCCGUGCUGUGUACUGUGCACAUUUUGUAUAUAAGCAGUCAUGCAGAUAGUUCAUUAGGACUGUGUAUAAUGAAUUCAGUGAAUCCUUGAGAAUUUGUUUUCUUAGAAUAACAUUGAUUUGUUUUAGACUAAAUUGUAUCAUCCUAUUGAAUGAUAAUAACAUUAAGGUUGUAUGAGAUUGUAAUCCUUCAUUUAUCUACUGCCAUUCAUUGAACAUGCCUUCACUUGUGUUUUGAUUUUACAGAUGUACAAAAAGUUUCUUUGCAGUUUGGUGAAGGAAGACAUCUUCAAACUUUUGUGAGGCAUUAGGAAAUCCAUAACUUAAGGAAAGAAAGAAUUGCAAGAUAUAUGCGAUAGGAAA